AUGGCAGGCUCCAUGGCAGAUGUCCCCAAGGACCUCGUCGCCGAAAUCCACAAGCUGGAGACCCUCUUCACCGUUCCCCCCGAAAAGCUCAAGCAGAUCACCGACCACUUCGUGUCGGAACUCGCCAAAGGCCUGACCGUGGAGGGUGGAAGCAUCCCAAUGAACCCCACAUGGGUCAUGUCCUACCCCGACGGCUACGAGACGGGAACGUACCUGGCACUCGACAUGGGAGGCACCAACCUGCGAGUUUGUGAGAUCACUCUCACCGACGAAAAGUCCGAGUUCGACAUCAUCCAAUCCAAGUACCGUAUGCCUGAAGAGCUCAAGUCGGCAACUUCUGAGGAGCUUUGGGACUAUAUUGCCGAUUGUCUGUACCAGUUCAUCGAGACUCAUCACGGAGACUGCAGCAACAUCCCCCAACUUCCUCUCGGUUUCACCUUUUCCUACCCCGCAACCCAGAAUUACAUCGACGAGGGUAUUCUUCAGCGAUGGACCAAGGGCUUCGACAUUGAUGGCGUUGAGGGCGAAAACGUGGUCCCUAUGUUCGAGGAAGCUCUGGCCCGACGGGGUGUGCCCAUCAAGCUGGCAGCUUUGAUCAACGAUACCACUGGCACCUUGAUUGCGUCAGCUUAUACUGAUCCCAGCAUGAGGAUGGGUUGCAUUUUUGGCACCGGCUGCAACGCCGCCUACAUGGAGAACUGUGGCUCGAUCCCCAAGAUUGCUCAUCUUAACCUCCCUCCCGAUCUCCCCAUGGCCAUCAACUGCGAAUGGGGUGCCUUCGACAACGAGCACAAGGUCCUCCCUCGAACGGCCUACGAUGUUACCAUCGACCGAGACUCCCCUCGUCCUGGUCAGCAGGCAUUUGAGAAGAUGAUUGCUGGUCUCUACCUCGGCGAGAUCUUCCGAUUGGUCAUCCUUGACCUUCACGAUAACAAGGAGAUCCACAUCUUUGAGGGCCAGGACGUGUCUGCCCUCCGCAAGGCUUACUCCCUGGACGCAUCUUUCUUGUCCUUCAUUGAGGAGGACCCCUUUGAGAACCUGCAGGAGACUCACGACCUGUUCUCGCGAAAGCUCAACUUGACUAGCACACGCCCUGAGCUGGAACUCAUUCGUCGCCUUGCGGAGCUCAUUGGAACCCGUGCUGCUCGCCUUUCGGCCUGCGGUGUGGCUGCCAUCUGCAAGAAGAAGGGCUACGAGACUUGCCACGCGGGUGCUGACGGCUCCGUGUUUAACAAAUACCCUAACUUCAAGGAGCGGGGUGCCCAGGCCCUGCGGGAGAUCCUCGACUGGCCCGAGAAGAAGAACCGUAGAGCGGAGGACCCCGUCGAGGUUCUUCCCGCCGAAGAUGGUAGCGGUGUUGGCGCUGCGCUGAUUGCCGCCCUGACCCUCAAGCGAAUCAAGGAGGGCAACCUCGCUGGUAUCCUGCACCCGGAGAACUACAAAUAA